AUGACCAACGCAACUCAGGCAUUCACGCGGUCAAGCCAGUACUUCUCUGCAGCUGAUGCGCCGCUUGCACAGCCAAGUGAUCCAGUCAUUCCGCCGGACGGUUCUCGGAGACGUUCCAUGUCCAACGGCAUGCUGCAGCAGCACGCACGUGUCCUGCAACAAUUCAAUGCUGAUUCGAUCAAGAUCCUCUUGCUUGAGAAUGUUAGCCAAGGCGCGGUAAAGAUACUCCGUGAACAAGGAUUCGAAGUGGAUUUCUACACAGGUGCAUGGUCGGAAGAUGAGCUUGUCGAAAAGAUUGGCGGAUACCAUGCAAUUGGCAUCCGCUCUAAGACGCGCCUCACACAACGCGUGUUUGAUGCGGCGCACCAGCUUCUUGUUGUCGGCUGCUUCUGUAUCGGAACAAAUCAAGUGGACCUCAGCGCGGCGACUAAGAACGGCGUGGCUGUCUUUAACUCGCCUUUUGCCAACUCGCGUUCAGUCGCUGAGCUUGUUAUAGCCGAAAUGGUGUGUCUUUCGCGCCAGCUCACGGACCGUGCCCAGGAGAUGCGGCAGGGUACUUGGAAUAAAGUGUCAAAGCGGUGCUUCGAGCUCCGUGGCAAGCUUCUUGGCAUUGUGGGAUACGGUCACAUUGGCUCGCAACUCUCUGUCCUUGCCGAGUCUAUGGGCAUGCAGGUAAUUUAUCACGAUGUCGUGCCUCUUAUGCCCUUGGGUAGUGCGCGCCAGGCAGAUUCGCUCGAAGAGCUUCUUAGUGAAGCCGACUUUGUGAGCAUCCAUGUGCCGGAACUGCCUGAGACACGCGGCAUGAUCGGCGAACGGGAGCUUUCGCUCAUGAAACCGGGCGCCUACCUCAUCAACAAUGCACGCGGCACCGUGGUGCAAAUUCCUGCAUUGGUUGAGGCCCUCAAGUCGCAACACAUUGGCGGUUGUGCGCUCGACGUCUACCCACGUGAGCCGGCUAAGAACGGUGUCAAUGCCUUCAACAAUGACCUGAAUGAAUGGGCGUCGGAACUUCAGAGCCAAGCCAAUGUCAUCAUGACACCCCACAUUGGUGGCAGCACCGAGGAGGCUCAGCGAGCUAUUGGUGUGGAGGUGAGCAAUGCGCUGUGCCGCUAUCUCAACUUUGGUGUGAGUACGGGCGCCGUCAACUUCCCCGAGGUGAAUCUCCGCCCCAUCACGGAACAGGAGGUCCGCUCAAUUCGCUUGUGCUACGUGCACCACAACCAGCCUGGUGCGCUUUUAGCCGUCAACGAGAUUAUUGGUUCACACAAUGUGGACAAGCAGAUCACAGACUCACUAAAAGAUAUCGCUUACCUGCUCGCUGACAUCAGUGAUGUGUCCGAGUCUGAUAUCCAGGAUAUCCACAUGCGUCUGAGCAAGACCCCUGCUAGUAUCUUGACUCGUCUUCUCUAUUAA